CACACCCAACCUCGUCUCUCAAUCCAUCGCUCCUCAAUCACCCCCCCUUGGCUGUCUUCACCUCACGCAUCAAUCCGUCUCACACCCCAACCCCCGUCUACAUCAUCAACAAUGUAAGUAUCGUCUGACGCUUGCGUGUCGGGAUCCGACGGCCAAACCCGCCUCUUUCAAUCGGCCUCGUCGCCGCUCUCGACACAACUCCUUGUGGUGUUGAAGCCAUCCGAGGGGCUUGGGGGGCGAGCAUGACACUCGAGGUGCUGGGCAAGUGCACGCUUGCACCGCUCGUCCGCGCACGCCACCUCGACCGUCACGCUCGUCACGGUCCACCGCGCCCCUUCAACUCGCGGUGGCGAGACGUGAGCCGUCGUGUGCCAUCGUGUGCUAUCGCCGCCGAGUCGUGUGUCCUCCCGAUGUGUCAGCGAGACACGAUCACCCCUCGUUUGCAUCAUGUCUGCCUCCGCAACCCCCACCGCAACCCCCACCGCAACCCCGCACACGCAAGCGUCGUGCCCCACUCUAUUACUACUUGCGCUAACCUUUAGGCCCGCCAAGAAGCGCUGUCAGUUCCGAGUCAUUUACAACAUCCCCGUUGCGCCACCUGCGGACGGGACGCCCGAGGCCAAGCCUACAAUGACCGCGAACCCAACACAGUGUCCAUCUGCCGCUCUCAAGAUUGCUGGAGACUGUCAACACUGUGGCAAGGUGUUCUGCAGCGUCCACCGAACACCCGAGUCACAUAACUGGUGAGUUUAUGGGUCAUUUGUGUGCAAAGAAGGAGGAUCUUGAGGAGAAGGGGGCGGCGCGGCGUUGUGACGAGGGUGAUCGCGCGAUCAUCUCGUUUACAGCACCCGACUUCCUCCCGUCAAUCCCUUCCCCCCGCCUCCUCAUGACACAUUCUGCCGCACGCACCCACGCCGCUCCGCCCCUCGCACAGACAGAUCGCUGACGCUCCAGCACUGGCAUGCAGGCCUGCCGCGACGCCGCGUUCCAAGCCAACAAGGAGCGCCUGGAGCGCGAACGGACUGUCGCCCAGAAGAUUGCG